AUGGCUUUUCCUCACCAUUUAGAUCCACACCUUCAUGAUUCGAAGAAUUUCAGGGACUUUUGCGGAAUCGACGCCCAGAUUUCCCCAGAAUUAGGAUUCGACAGCUCCGCGAAUCUCCAUGAUCAAUCUCAGCAUCCUCCGUAUCUUCCCCCAUUCCACGUCGCUGGUUUUGCGCCGGGACCGGUUUUGCAAAUCGACGGCUCUGAUGGUGGCGGUGCUGCUGACAUGGAGUGGAACUACGGUCGAAAGAGAAUAAAAGAAAUGGAUUUUCUGGAGAACAAUUCUCAGAUAUCUUCAAUUGAUUUUUGGCAAAACCGGUCUGUAUCAACCGGACUGGGUCUCUCCCUUGACAAUGCCCGUAUCGCUUCCUCCGAUGGCUCUGCUCUGUUAUCUCUCGUCGGAGACGAUGUUGAUCGGGAGUUACAGAGACAGGAUGCAGAAAUCGAUCGGUUUCUCAAGAUUCAGGGAGACCAAUUACGGCAUGCUAUUCUUGACAAGAUCCAGAGGGGUCAACACAAGACAGUGUCACUCAUGGAGGAAAGAGUUAUCCAGAAGCUCCGGGAGAAAGAGGAGGAGCUAGAGAUGAUAAACCGAAAGAACAAGGAGCUCGAGGUGCGAAUGGAACAGCUGGCGAUGGAAGCCGAGGCGUGGCAGCAACGCGCCAAGUACAACGAGAACAUGAUCGCUGCUCUCAACUACAACCUCGAGCGAGCUCACGGUGGUGGUCGACCACCGAGAGAUAGCAUCGAAGGAUGUGGAGACAGCGAGGUGGAUGACACGGCUUCUUGCUUCAAUGGCGGAAACGGUGAUAACAACAACAAUGGUGGUGGCAAGACGACGAUGACGAUGAUGAUGUGCAGGUUUUGUGGAGUGAGAGAGGUGUGUAUGUUGUUGUUGCCAUGUAAGCAUAUGUGUUUGUGUAAGGAGUGUGAGAGGAAGCUUAGCUCUUGUCCUUUGUGUCAAUCUUCUAAGUUUCUUGGCAUGGAAGUAUACAUGUGA